GGGCGGGGCAAGGGGCCGUCACACACCGCGAAGAGUGGUCGGAACCAUCCCUCGUCUUCUUCCCCUUCCCCUUCCCCUCCCAGGAAAAGCUGGGACCCGGCACCCGGGCUAUCCCUUGGCCGCUGCGGCCUCAGCUCCAGCCAGGCCUGGGUACGGAGAGUCCAGACCGCUUCCAGGGCGAGUGCUCCUGUUUGUGACAUCACAUCCACCCCCUUGGCAAUGGAGCUUGUCCCUAGGAAGGAAGACUCAGUCGGAGAAUAGCCAACAAGAUGGGUUACUGGGAACGUCUCCUGAGUGGCACUGAGUGGAAGCAUCAGGGGGUUGGAGCCUUGUGAACAGGGAACCUGCCCCCAACACUUGGAAGGACCUGGGUUUCAGUGAUGAGACAUGGGGUAUGAUGUAACCCGUUUCCAGGGGGAUGUUGACGAAGACCUUAUCUGUCCUAUUUGCAGUGGAGUCUUGGAGGAGCCAGUCCAGGCGCCUCACUGCGAGCAUGCUUUCUGCAACGCCUGCAUCACCCAGUGGUUCUCUCAGCAGCAGACGUGUCCAGUGGACCGGAGUGUUGUGACGGUCGCCCACCUGCGCCCAGUACCUCGGAUCAUGCGGAACAUGUUGUCAAAGCUGCAGAUCGCCUGCGACAACGCUGUGUUUGGCUGCAGUGCUAUCGUCCGGCUUGACAACCUCAUGUCUCACCUCAGUGACUGUGAGCACAACCCAAAACGGCCUGUGACCUGUGAACAGGGCUGUGGCCUGGAGAUGCCCAAAGAUGAGCUGCCAAACCACAACUGCAUUAAGCACCUGCGCUCAGUGGUACAGCAGCAGCAGACACGAAUUGCAGAGCUGGAAAAGACCUCAGCAGAACACAAACACCAGCUGGCAGAGCAGAAGCGAGACAUCCAGCUGCUCAAGGCGUACAUGCGUGCAAUUCGCAGUGUCAACCCCAACCUUCAGAGCCUGGAGGAGACGAUUGAGUACAACGAGAUCCUAGAGUGGGUGAACUCCCUGCAGCCGGCACGAGUGACCCGCUGGGGAGGGAUGAUCUCCACCCCAGAUGCUGUACUCCAGGCUGUAAUCAAGCGCUCCCUGGUGGAGAGUGGCUGUCCUGCGUCUAUUGUCAACGAGCUGAUCGAAAAUGCCCAUGAGCGUAGCUGGCCCCAGGGUCUGGCCACACUAGAGACAAGACAGAUGAACCGGCGUUACUAUGAGAACUACGUGGCCAAGCGCAUCCCUGGCAAGCAGGCUGUUGUCGUGAUGGCCUGUGAGAACCAGCACAUGGGUGAUGACAUGGUGCAGGAGCCAGGGCUUGUCAUGAUAUUUGCGCAUGGCGUGGAAGAGAUAUAGGAGAUCCCGACGGGCUAUCUGGAAGAGAUGAAAAUCAGAAAAUCCUGUCACUCCAGUAGCGGGGCCCUGAGUCCUCCCCACUUUCCUUAAUACCGUGGCUAACGCUAGAGCCACACAUCUCCCUGCUCUUCUGCCACUGAAGAGGGCCCCAGGGCACUCUGCUCAGGCUUUCAGGUGGGAAACCCCGAUUCCCUCCAUUUGCCUAAUUUCUUCCCCUAAAACGUCUGUAUAUUUUCCAUCUGGUUGGGAAAGUCCCCACCUCUAUUUCUGUUUUCCUGCCUAGGGUCCCUGGUUCCAGAUAUUUUCAGAAAGCACAAAGAUACUCAUUUUCUCUAGAGGAUCAGGAUGGAGUGAGGCAUCUCUAACUGUUCCCCUCCUCCAAAACCAGGGAAUCCAGAGCAGGCAGGCCUAUUGACACUAUAAACAGCAUUUAGAGGACGGCUCUGGGGAGCAGACACCCUAAAGGAAUGGUAAGGAUGGAACAAAACCCUAGAAAUAAUGAGGCCAGUAGGCCAUUACUGAUGGCCCUUAGGGGAAGACUAGACCUCUGUGCCAAGCAAUACCCUGUUCAGCCCACCUUACAGGUAUGGGCUCCCGCCGGGUCUGUAGAUGUGCAGGUGGGGAUGCCGACAAUUUCCAGAUGAGCUCUUCUUUCCUACACUUUCUGACGAUUAGAGAAUGACAGGGUUGGGGUGAGGGGUUAGUCCAUUGGGGUGAAUAUGCUCAGCAGGAAGCAGCUCUCUGGCUUUUGCUGAAAUUGGGUAGGCACUGCCUCAGGCACAGGCCAUAAUAGUUCCAUAGACCCCUCUCUCUCAGCCCUGUGAUUGUAACUAGUUAUUUUGAUAAUUUUCUUUGUCCACUGUUUGUUUAUAUUUCACUCCCUCCCUCACAGUUUUCCUUUUUUAAGAAUGGCCUGAUUAUGGCUACCCCACUUUUCCAGCCCAGCCACAUUGCUGGCAAUUUAAUUUAUUUACUUUUUUUUUUUUUUUUAAGAAAGGAAAAA